UAUCUUCACAUUUCCGUAUCUUAAUAAAUAAUUAAAAAAAAUACUCAUUUGGUUUUUUUUUAGUUGUUUGAUUAAUGAUUUUCCUACGGAUUAGCUUCAUUAUCAACAUUGUUGGUUAAUACCAAUAUCUUUUAAUUUAAUCCAAACAUGGUCAGCUAAUUGUCAUUAAUUUUACCAAUUAUAAUAAUAAAUAAAUUUUAUGGAAAAGAGAAAUUUCUCAAAUCUUCCAUAAUCAUUUUACUUUCAACCAGCCUGACGUAAUAGUACGUCGCUCUCUUCAAUAGAAUAUUGCGUUACUAAUGGCACCUAACUACAGUAAAUAUUUGACUCGGAAUAAUGCUCUUGCCGGGGCUGGAGCCUUGGCAGCUGUGUGGCUUCUAUUAUCUCGGAAACAGCAGAAAGCAAUUACCAGACUACAGAAGAAAACAGUCACAGAACGACCUGAGGAGGAGGUGAAAUACCUCAUUAGCGAGCAAAAAGAAGAAGAAAAAACCAGAGUUCAGGUCGAUCGUAAAAUUCUAGUGCAAUUAUGUCAGUUAUUUAAGAUAACUGUUCCCGGAUGGGCUUCUACAGAAUCGGGACUAUUUUUCUUGAUUGCGAUCAGUCUUGUGGCCAGGUCCAUUUGCGAUCUCUGGAUGAUAAGUCAUGGCACGAAAAUAGAAAGUGCCAUCGUAUUAAUGGACAAAAACCUAUUCUACAAGCGCCUCGUCAAGUUUUGCGUAAGCCUGCCACUAAUAGCUCUCGUCAAUAAUGUUUUAAAAUAUGCCAUUGGUGAUCUUAAAAUACGCCUUAGAACCAAUCUCACAAAGCGGCUUUACGAAGAUUACCUUAAAAAUUACACGUAUUAUAGAAUCUCAAACUUAGAUAAUCGGAUAGCUAAUCCAGAUCAGUUGCUGACAACUGACAUUGAUAAGUUUUGUGAAGCUAUUACUGACUUAUAUUGCAACACUGCCAAGCCCCUUCUUGAUAUUGGAAUAUAUGUUUACAAAUUGUCGACUACUAUGGGCGGAGGAACUCCGGCUCUUAUGUUAUCUUACUUGUUUAUCUCUGGACUUGCUUUGACCAAUCUUAGAAGACCUAAUGCUAGAUUAACUGCUGAAGAACAAAAAUUAGAGGGCGAGUUUAGACACAUAAACUCCCGAUUAAUCACACAUUCCGAAGAAGUUGCUUUUUACAAUGGUAACCUUAGAGAAAAAGCCACAUUAUUUGCCAGUUAUAAAAAAUUACAGAACCACCUGAAAAAGUUCCUACGGUUCAGAGUUAUUAUGGGAAUAAUUGAUAAUCUUGUUGCGAAGUACUUUGCUAGUAUAGUAGGAUUUUUCGCAGUGUCUCUCCCAUUUUUCUCGGGAAGAAUUGCUAAAGACAGCCAAGGGGAAAGGUCUAGACUAUAUUAUACUUAUGGUAGAAUGUUGGUGAAAUUAGCCGAGGCGAUUGGUCGCUUAGUGCUGGCUGGACGUGAUCUAACACGAUUGGCAGGGUUUACAGCAAGAGUGACAGAACUCAGAAAUGUUCUUCGUGAGUUGAACGAUGGAAAAUACGUUAGAACAAUGGUCGCUGGAUCAGAAGAUUUAAAACCAAACGGUGGAAAAAUGAUAUUCCAAAACAACAUCAUAAAGUUCAAUAAAGUGCCUUUAGUAACCCCAAAUGGCGAUGUAUUAAUUUCAGAAUUAACCUUUGAGAUUAAAUCAGGAAUGAACGUUCUAGUUUGCGGUCCAAACGGAUCAGGUAAAUCAUCCCUUUUUAGGAUUUUGGGAGAACUAUGGCCCUUGUUUGGGGGACAGUUAACUAAACCUCCGCGGGGAAAACUUUUUUAUAUUCCGCAAAGGCCUUAUAUGACUCUUGGUAGUCUUCGUGACCAACUGACGUAUCCUCACGGUAGUGCCGAGGUUGCCAGAAGGGGUACCAAGGACCAACAACUUAUAGAGCACUUAAGCAGGGUUCAAUUAACUUAUUUGCUAGAAAGAGAGGGAGGUUUGGACGCGGUUGCUGAUUGGCUAGAUGUUCUUUCUGGUGGUGAAAAACAGAGGAUUGCUAUGGCGAGACUUUUUUACCAUAAACCUCAAUUUGCCAUAUUGGAUGAGUGUACUAGCGCAGUCUCAGUAGAUGUAGAAGGAAGCAUGUAUAAAUAUUGUAGGGACGUUGGCAUAACUUUAUUGACGGUUUCACAUAGAAAAUCGUUGUGGCAACAUCAUGAAUAUGUACUUCAUUUGGACGGCAGAGGGAAUUACAGUUUCAAACCUAUCGAUCAUGAAACAGAACAGUUUGGUUCAUGAGUUUUUUGAGGCUGUCCAGUUUCGUUUAAUUAUUUGUUAAAUUGUGAAAUCAAUUUAUACUUUUAAUGGUGUUAAAUAUUUUAUAUUUUUCUUUGUUAAUAGUAGGUAUGCUUCACAAACCUAUAAAUUGUUUUAAAACAUAUUUUUAUCCUAUAUGUUGUAUAAUUUAUUACAUGUGUAAGGGCAUUGCCUGUUUUAUACACUAUUUAUUAAAUACAUUUAUUUUUGAAAAUUAA